UGGUGCUGCUGCCAACCAUCACACAGACCCUUAGUCCAUCUAGCUCAGCGUUGUUCUACUCUGAGUGGCUGCUGCUCUCCAGGGCUUCGGAUGGAGAAGGGUCUUUCCCAACUCUACCUGGAGAUGCUGCCAGGGAUUGAACCUGGGACCUUCUGCACACAAAAGAGGCUCUGUCACUGAGCUGUUCACUUGGGAGCAGUAAACCCUGUCAAACAAAGCAUACCUGGCUUCUAAAUAAGGAGGCCAAGUCCUGGGCUACAUAUCUUUGUGAGUCUUCAGUAGCCAAUGUUUGAAGAAGCGUGCUCUCUCCUGGCGGGAGAAAAACACUACUACAGUGGUCCCUCGACUUACGAAGUUAAUCCGUUCCGAACGCACGUUCGUAGGUCGAAAUUUUCGUAAGUCGAAAAGCGCACCACGGAGGUCUGGAAACAUUCGUAAGUCGAGGAAACCGCAUCUAAAAAUUCGUAAGUCGAGGAAGCCGCAUCUAAACCGGCAACGACUUCCGGUCAUUUUUGUCGUUCGUAAGUCGAAAACUUCGGAUGUCGAGUAGUUCGUAAGUCAAGGGACCACUGUACAGGUUUCUGCAACAGAUUCAUUAAUGGGUACACUAACAAUGAAUAUAUGGAGGCAUUGCCUCGUCCUGGCCAGACACAGUCAAUCCAAAAAAGAGAUGAGUUUAAUCACAGUCAUCUCCAUGAAUUAGAUGAACAGGAAAACCUGAAAAAUAGUGAACUUAACAUGUGAGCAGGACUAGUUUAAAGAUAAAAUUCUGUCUGCUUGCCCCAGAAGGUUUAAAUGUAGAAUUAAUCUAGUGAUGACCACCUCUCUCGAACUGAAGGACUUCAGUGCACAUUGGCCCACAUGAAAAACGGGCCCUUAUCAAGGCAAAUAAAUCAGAUUAAAAAUGGUUACAAGUUUGGGAUAAGUUCCUUAAAUGGUACAUACAAGAGCCUUCUUUACUUACAGAUAUCUACAGAUGCAAAGGCAGGAGUGGCUCAGUCUCCGGUUAACCUUGACAUACAGCAAGCAAGAGAGAGAGAGGUGCAGCAGAAACAGGGUGACGAGUCCUGUCUGCCAGCCACCAUGGCGGAAAAUAAUCAUAGCUGGUGGAAACUGACCUUCCUCCGGAAGAAGAAAUCAACCCCCAGAGUUUUGAUGCUAGCUUCUGAAAACCCAGAUAUCUAUGCUGUUGUCAACAAUGAGAACCAGCAAGAGGGUAUGCUAGCAGACAGUGGCAGCAGUGGGAGCAGUGAGCGUGAAUUCAAUGCCCGGCUAGAGAAGAUUGUGGACAAGAACACCAAAGGGAAACAUGUCAAGGUCUCACAUUCGGGGCGCUUCAAAGAAAAGCAGAGAGUGAGGCCCACCUUGUCAGAAAACCCCAACUUGUUUGCUGACAGUGAGCGGGAUGAAAAAUGAGGGGUUUUGGAAGAAGAUAUGCCCCUCGUACACCUUCACUUAAGGACUCUCUUUUAUCAUAAGCCUACAAUGCCUCCAUUUCAUUAGGUCUGCAAAUGAAGUUAACGAGGGGCCAUCUGGAAUUCCAGAUUUAGGUCCUGAUUUUCACUUGAAAAGGAAAAGUUUUGAAGAGAAUGAACUUUAUUAUUAUUUUUGUUUUUAAUUUAAGUAAUAAAGCUAAUUGUAUUUAAAUACUGCACAAA